AUGGGGAACCCGCAGGAGUCGCUGCUGGAGCUGCACAAGCGGCGGAAGGCGCUGAGCGAGCCCGAGGUGCGGUACUACCUGCGCCAGACCAUCCUGGGCUGCCAGUACCUGCACAGCCACCGCGUCAUCCACCGGGACCUCAAGCUGGGCAACCUCUUCCUCAGCGACGACAUGGAGGUCAAGAUCGGUGACUUUGGCCUGGCCACCAAAGUGGAGUACGACGGCGAGCGCAAGAAAACCCUGUGUGGGACCCCCAACUACAUUGCCCCAGAGGUGCUGGGCAAGAAGGGACACAGCUUCGAGGUGGACAUCUGGUCCAUCGGCUGCAUCAUGUACACUCUGCUGGUUGGGAAACCGCCUUUUGAAACUUCUUGCCUCAAAGAAACAUACAUCCGAAUCAAGAAGAACGAGUACACUAUUCCCAAGCACAUCAACCCCAUCGCUGCUAACCUCAUCCAGAAGAUGCUGAGGUCCGACCCUGCCACGCGCCCGACGAUCAACGAGUUGCUGAAUGACGAGUUCUUCACGUCGGGGUACAUCCCCAGCCGCCUGCCCACCAGCUGCCUCACCAUUGCCCCCAGGUUUUCCAUCGCUCCCAGCGGGCUGGAGCUGAACGGGCGGAAGCCGCUGACUGCGCUCAACAAAGGACCGGACAGCCCUGCACUAGAGAACUUGCCCGAAAAGGAGGACGUGGCGGGGCUGCGGGAGCUGGGGGAUGCUGUUGACAGUCACUUGGCCGACAUGUUGGAGCAGCUGACUGCAGUCAACUUGGCCAAGCCCUCUGAGAGAGUGGCAGUGAGACAAGAAGAAGCUGAAGACCCGGCCUGCAUUCCCAUCUUCUGGGUUAGCAAAUGGGUGGACUACUCAGAUAAAUAUGGUCUAGGUUACCAGCUGUGUGACAACAGCGUUGGGGUUCUCUUCAACGACUCCACUCGCCUGAUCAUGUACAGCGAUGGGGACAACUUGCAGUACAUCGAGCAGAACAGCACCGAGUCCUUCUUCACUGUGAGGUCCUACCCCUCUGCCCUGAACAAGAAGAUAACACUAUUGAAAUAUUUCCGCAACUAUAUGAGCGAGCACUUGCUGAAGGCGGGGGCGAACAUCACCCCGCGGGAAGGAGACGAGCUGGCCCGCUUGCCCUACCUCUGCACGUGGUUCCGCACCCGCAGCGCCAUCGUCCUGCACCUCAGCAACGGCACCGUCCAGAUCAACUUCUUCCAGGAUCACACCAAAGUCAUCCUGUGCCCUCUCAUGGCCGCCGUCACGUACAUAGACGAGAAGCGGGACUUCCGCACGUACAAGCUGAGCCUCAUCGAGGAGCACGGCUGCUGCAAGGAGCUGGCCAGCCGCCUGCGCUACGCUCGCACCAUGGUGGAGAAGCUCCUCGGUUCGAAGUCUGGCUCGGCCCGUGUGAAACCCUCUGCUUAGACUUUGUUCUCCAUGGACUUGACGUUUGUGCCAAACUGUCCCAGCUGGGGAGGGGAGGGUGGUCUCGCAGGACCCUGCCCAUGCUGUAGCCUCCCGUCGCACAGCUGGGCCCCCAGCCCCACCUGCGGGUCUGGUAGCCACAAGGCAGCCCCUGACACUGUGGGAAGGGCGUUGGUCACCCCGAUGGGCACCCAAAGGUUUCUUGCUCCCCGUUCCUAAUAGAAUGUCUGUUUUUUAAUUGCAUACCUAGUUGUUUUUUCCUAACUUCCCAAAGCCAAAAGCCUGACUCGACAAAACCACCUUGUUUGAGACUCCUGGGCCCUCUCUUGAAGAGAGGCAGAACUGUCGUAAAUUAUUUGUACGUGUCUGUGCUGAUGCUCCAGGCUUUUGUUUCCUCUUGUAGAAGUUCAGGUAAGACCUUCAACAUGUCCAGGGUGAGACUGAGCAGUCAGCCUUUUAAUACUGAAACUAUUCUACGUGAAAUAACUUUUGUA